AUGAAUAAACCUUGGUUUGAGAAAACCUUCAAUGGUGUCAACGAUGAUUUGUUUGAUGAUGAUGUAAUAAAUGGUAAUGUUAUAAAAGAUUUUGGCUUUCCUGUGUAUGACAACAACGGUGGCUAUGGUGGCGGCGGCUUUAGUGGUGGUGAAGAGUGGGAUUGUAACUUUCAGCAUUUAGCUGGCUUUUGUGGUGGAGAUUUUCUUGAUGAUAUUAUAGUUGAAAGCCUUACAUUUUCAUGUGAUGGAUAUUCUCAGCAGUCGAGCUCUACCAAGGCAUCCUACAGCAAGUCCACCGAUGUCAAAGGUUCAUCUUGGUUCCAAACCUCCAGUCCAGUGUCUGUACUUGAUAGCCGUAGCUCUUCCUCGGGUGCAAACCGAACACCUAUUAAUCCUAAUCUCAGUUUCCAGGGGAAGCGAUGUAGAACCAAUAGAAGACGAGCAUCUACCUUGAACUCACCGUUCACAUUGCCUCUUGUAUUCUCCACCUUUAGUACCUCCCAGAAACCUACCAGGAAGAGACAAAAGAAAAAGAACCCGAAAUUGCUUUCGGGGUCCAGUGAGAGCAACAACUCCUCCUCCCAACAGCUUGUUAUUAGGAAAUGUCCACAUUGUGAAGUUAUGGAAACACCGCAAUGGAGAGAAGGUCCAAUAGGACCUAAGACCCUUUGUAAUGCAUGCGGGGUUUGCUACAGGUCUGACCGCCUCUUUCCCGAGUACCGUCCUGCUGGAAGUCCUACAUUCAUUCCAUCAUUACACUCCAACUCUCAUAAGGUGGUAGAGAUGAGAAGAAAAAGCCAAUUCGCUGGCGACAGCAAUAACAUCCGUGUUGUUAAUCCGACAGAAACAUCGCUUAGGUACCAACUUUACUGAAAGCUUGAAGUAGGUAGCUUCCGUCCUUGCUUUAUGUCUUGUAGACCUGUCAAUUCAACGGCCCGAUUGGUUCAAGUCCGGUAAAUUGAACUGGAUCAAUUCUAAGUUUUUAAAUUUCCAGCUCAUUUCAAGUUUGGAUUAAGCUCGGGUUCAAGUUUUUUGGGUCGGGUCAUUCGAGUUUGAAUCAUUUCAAAAUUACUUGUUUGAUCAUUUCGAGUUCAAGUCAUAUAGAUUUAGGUUGUUUGACUUUUUCAUGUUUUGUGUUUCAAAUUAGGUUUUAGUGAAAAGCUUAGGUACUUUUAACAUGCUUGAUAAGACCUAUUCAUUUAUUCUUCUUCAAUUCAAUUUCAUUUAGUGUCC